GAGGCAAAGGGGAGAGUCCGCACUCCUCUCUUUCGCACACGCUGAUUAUUUAUCUAUCUGCCUAUCAUCACGCUUGCUUGGGAUAGGUCACAUCUUGCUGAAAAAGAACCAGCAAAAGGGGAACUUGCAGUCUUCCCUCAGCAAAGGGGAGAACUAAAAUUCAAUAGACGUGAGGUUUCUGCAGGGCAGGCAGAAGGCAAAGCUUCCUUCAACUCUUUUGUCUCGUUGUUGCUUUUGUGUUGAGUUUUUUUUGGGGGGGGUAUUGCUAUUUGCUGCUCAACUCGGCUUAAAAACGCGGCAAUUCGUAUGUGAGGUGCGUCCCCCUCCACAAAAAGGUUGAAUUAACGUAAGCAAAGAGUGGAAAGGACGGCCAGGGCUAAGUUGGGAAGGAACAAAGAAAGAGACCGGAAAGGAAAGAGAUAAGAAGGAAGGAGGAAAAGACCCACACAAGGAGGGGGGUGAGAAAAGAAGGGGGUGGGUGAAAGAGAUCAGACGCAUCUGUCAAGUUUUGAAAGCGGGUGCGCGAGAAAAGGGACGAGGCGCUGCAGCAACCAGGAAGUCGGUGUGCGAAGCAGAGGAGGGAGCCUGCCGCCGCCGCCGCCGCCGCCGACGCGCUGGGCAGCCAGCGAGUAGAAAGGGGAAGCUCUUGAAGAGAAAGCAAAAGCCGCCGAGGGCAGUGCUGGCUGCUUUUCUCAGCCUCUCUCCGCUCAGCAUCAUCACUAUCACCACCAGCACCACCCUUGUUCUUCCGACUGGCUCCUGCCUGCCUUCCCCGCCGGCUGCUGCCAUGGCCCAGGAGAACGGCGAGGACAGCUCCUCGUGGAAGAAGCAGACCGAUGACAUCAAGAAGAUUUUCGAGUUCAAGGAGACCCUGGGAACUGGUGCUUUUUCUGAAGUAGUUUUGGCUGAACACAGAGCUACUGGAAAACUAUUUGCAGUCAAGUGCAUUCCAAAGAAAGCCCUGAAAGGGAAGGAAAGCAGCAUUGAGAAUGAAAUUGCAGUUCUCAGAAAAAUCAAGCAUGAAAAUAUUGUUGCACUGGAAGACAUCUUUGAGAGUCCAAACCACUUGUAUCUGGUCAUGCAACUAGUAUCUGGAGGUGAACUGUUUGACCGCAUCGUGGAGAAAGGAUUUUAUACUGAGAAAGAUGCAAGCACUCUGAUACGACAGGUCUUAGAUGCUGUGUAUUACCUCCACAGAAUGGGCAUUGUUCACAGAGACCUCAAGCCUGAAAACUUGUUAUACUACAGCCAGGAUGAAGAAUCUAAAAUAAUGAUAAGUGAUUUUGGACUGUCAAAAAUGGAAGGUAAAGGCGAUGUCAUGUCCACAGCAUGUGGCACCCCAGGAUACGUUGCUCCUGAAGUCCUUGCCCAGAAACCCUACAGCAAAGCAGUGGACUGUUGGUCCAUUGGAGUUAUUGCAUAUAUUCUGCUCUGUGGGUAUCCUCCCUUCUAUGAUGAAAAUGACUCCAAGCUUUUUGAGCAGAUCCUUAAGGCAGAAUAUGAAUUUGACUCUCCAUAUUGGGACGAUAUCUCUGAGUCUGCUAAAGAUUUUAUUCGGAAUUUGAUGGAGAAAGACCCCAAUAAAAGAUAUACUUGUGAACAGGCAGCCCGACAUCCAUGGAUUGCUGGUGACACAGCCCUCAAUAAAAAUAUCCACGAGUCCGUCAGUGCACAGAUUCGGAAGAACUUUGCAAAAAGCAAAUGGAGACAAGCUUUUAAUGCCACAGCAGUUGUAAGACACAUGAGAAAGUUACAUCUUGGCAGCAGUUUGGACAGUUCAAAUGUGAGCGUGUCCAGCUCCCUCAGCUUGGCCAACCAACUUCCUGAAGGAACAGCCAGGAAAGAUUGUAUGUCCCCAUCCACUCUCUGUAGUUUUGCAUCAUCGGCUUCAUCUGGUGUUUCUGCUGUAGGAGAGAGGAGACCGAGGCAGACCACAAUAACGACAGUGCAUACAGGGACCAAGUGAUCCAGACUGCUCCCACCCCUACCCUCAGGAAGAGGUCAGAGAUGGGGGGAAAGUGCCCAGGUGGGCAUGAAGGCAGGCAGGCAGGCAAACCUUCUCCUGGGUGAUUCCAUCCUGCAUUGCAAACUCGGUGAAGGACUGCAAGAAAAGGAUUUUUUUUAAUGGCCAUAUUUUAUACUGCAAUUCUGAAAUGUCACAUUUAUCUCAAACUGCAAUGACUCUUGGAGGGUGGGAAAGGAGAGGGCUGGGGAACAGAUCUAAAGGUAUCUGGUGCUGGGUCAAUGAAUCUAGGAAUGUUCUAACUGACAGACACUCAUGUUAGUUCCUCAAUGAUUUACUCUAUUCUCAGUGUAGGUAACAGUAUAUGCUUUUUUCAUUAACUAAAGGUCUCAACUGGAUUAUUUAUACAGAAUUGAUUUCAGAGCAUUAUCAUUUUCUUUUCUUUUUCUCCAUGUUUCUGUCUGUGUUGGUUUUGUUCAGGGGUAGAGAGUAUAUAGAAUUCUGCAUUAACCUUUCAAACCAAGAGGGUUUCAAAGGCAUAUGGUGUUUUUUUUAGUUCCUAACAUUGGAUUGCAAAAUUGUCUGGAUUUUGCAGUGAUGUAAAAACUAACUGCUUUCCUCCACUCGGGAAAAUGGAAAUGAGACUUGGUUCCCUUCCAGUCACAUGGAAACUUACUCUGCAGCUGUCUGAUUCUGAGUUGGUGCUGUAAACCUGCAUCCAAGGCUGGCCUUUGAAUAUGAAGGCAAAAAGGAAAUAGCGCAUUGGAUUGCAGCAAAAGGGAAGCCGUGACUAAUGGCUUCCUCUAGCCUGCCACUUUCUUCUGGACUCUGCCAAUUACAUAUAAGCUCCAUCCAAACUGUUCCUGUUGCAUCCUUAGUCCUACUUUAUAUCUUGCUUCCUACAUCAGUAGAUCUGCCCACACAAUCCCAGCUAAUUUUGUUUGGCAGGAGGGGUGUUCAGCAAGGAAAUGCAAACAGCAAAAUUGCUGUGUUCAGGAUCAUCAGUAACAGUAUACAUCAAUGUACAUAUCUGUUUUCCUAUACUCAUGUAUGGGUAUACCCAUGUAUAUGUAAAGUAGUCCUCAGUGAGGUGAACAAGGCCCAUUUGGGAAGCCUGGAUGAGUUGGAGCCAUCUUACCUGUAUUUUGUUUCUAGCUGUGCUGUUAACUUUGAGCUGGGUCAUGUGACCAUACUGACAUGAUGAUACUAUCACAAGUUGACUAUCAUGGUGUAGUGACUAAUGAAUGGCCUUGUAAGUGCCUAGGCACUUCUGUCACAUGUGUGCUAGAGAUUUUGGUUCAAUGUCUCCUGGAAAAGCUUACCUAGAAGAUGGUGAGCUACAGUUCCUGCUGCAUGCUGGAUUAUCCACAAGACUAGUAAAUGCAAACAAACCAUCAUGCGAUGGCGUUCCCAUGGGAGAAUGGCUGUGUGAAUUAGCCUUCACUGCUGUACCUUGUUACAAGUCAGGCUUGCCAAAGCAUUUUAAAAGGCUUCUGAAGGAAAGUGGUAUUAUGGUUAGUCGAUAGCACUGAGCAUCAGCAGUUCUCAUUGAAUUUGUUGGUGUUCUUCUGUACUAUUUGAAACAAUGCAUUUUAUUUUACACACUGAGAGCUUCUUUGGAUAAUUCAGAGAUGUAGCAAAAGGGAAAGGGUGAAUGGAUUGUACUUCCUUCCCUCACAGUUCCAGGUCUCAUCCGAAGAUAGUGUGAUGUGCCUAUUCUCUUCAGAAACUUUCUGCCUCUGCAUUGAGCAUGUACAAUUCCUAGGGCUAGUGCUAGACAUAAAUGGGCCCUUGGGCACCAGCCAGCCCUGGGCCCACAGCACCGUAGCCCAAUACCCUCUCAUACCGGCAGCACGGGGGUAAUAAGCUGGCCCACAUACCCCACCUACCUCUCAUGUUGUGUGAACAACAUGCAGGCAUAGCAUGCAUGCCUGCCAUCAACCAAGAUGGUGGGAAGCCUCCACCACUAUCCUGGGCAAUGGCAGACAUGCACACACUGCAUGCACAGCGUUCACACUGAUGGGAGAGGUAGGUGGGGCAUGCUUGCGGGCUUAUGGAAGCCCGCACUGUCUGUAUUAGAGGUGUCUGGGUGCUCCCUCUCUGUGAUCCACAGCAGGGUCAGGUUGCAGGACCCAACACUGCCAUGGAUCACCGAAUGGAAACGCCACCCUCCCACUCUAAGAAGGGGCCCAACCUGGCUGCCCUCUGGCACCGGCCCUGACAAUUGCUCCCUUUUAUUGAAAGCCAGGAGCAUGGAAGUCUAAUACAUUUAUGCUUCUUCUCUUUCCAUAUUUCUGGAAUGUCCAAAGCAACUUUUAAAAAUUCAGCGUACCAAAAUACCGGAAAUGGCAUUUGAAAGUUUCCCUUUUAAACUUUUGUAGCUAUCUGUUAUGCGAUAAACUGUAGUUGUAAGUUAUGCAUUCGUAAACCAUUGAAAGGGAGGGCUGCCAUAUGUACACAAUUAUUGUUAAUGUGCACUGUACUAAGGGCUGUAGUAUGUGACUCUAGAAGUAAAGAACGGGCUGAGCUGAGUGAGCAAUAUGGUAAAUAGGCACAAGAGAUAUGCCAUGAUAGUCAGUCAAUCACCCCGGUCAUUAUAAGAAAACUCAAGUUUUCUGAUUUAAAAUCCCCAGCAAAGCCAUUUUUUCAUGAACAUUUUACAAAUGCAGGCAUCUAAUCUGGUACAGGGGAACAGGGCCACUCUUGCUUCUCUACCGUGGGAUAUACUUACAACGUGCCUGUAUAGCAGAUAUUCCAGACUUCAGAGAUCUUUCAAUAGCCCCAAUAGCAUUGGGGCUUCAUUGGGAAAUCUUAUAAAUUUAUCCCAUGUUUUCAUAGUGAUCCUGUUGCCACACCCAUGGUCACUGCAGCUCUGUGGCAACAGAUGUGCUUUGAAUGCGUAAUGUUUCAGGUUCCAUGUUUGGCAUCUAGUUAAAGGGUCUCUCAGAGAACAGGGCUGGAUAAGACUUCUCUGCCUGAUGCCUUUGUACAGCUGCUGCCAGUCAGUGCAGACGUAAUCAGUAUACUAGAUGGACCAAUGGGCUGACUUGGUUUAAGGCAGCUUCCUAUGUCACCUGGUCUUUCUUGUACAGAACAGCAAGAUGCUAUCACAAAAGAACUGUCUUGCUGAUCAGAUCAGAUAUUCAGCUUGUUCAGUUUCUAAUAACAGCAAGCCAGAUGCCUUUAGGUGCUCACAAACAGAGCACAAAGAUGACACACUUUCUGUUUUUUUGUCCCUAAAAUCUGGUACUUAAUGAUACAUUGCAACUGAACUGAGGAAGUUCAUAAAAGACCUCUGAAUGUAUGCAACAGCAAAUAAAUGUGUUGUAAAAGACUUCAACAUGUUUUCUUCUUCCUGAAACUUUGGAGAUGCAGUUUUAGAGGGAGCCUGAUAGAGUCAGCGCAGAUAUUGUGUCACUUGCGCCCCAUAAAGAUAUUCCCCACGUCAGGUCUCAGUACAGACUUGUUUAUGAUUUGGAGAGAGGCUUGGAGCCAUUACUGACCCAGUUUUCCUCCAGACAAUUUCAGCAACCACCAUAUUAUAUUCCACCUUGCACAGAAAUGCAAUCUCUGAUGACUUAACAGUGGUUUUCUAAAAUGCAUAAAAGAACAUCUGAUGUUUCCACUGUGGCUGGUUAAUACUCUAGAUAUAAUCACUUAGUAAAUCUGACAACAGAUAACACCAGCUGACAUGUAGCAUCUUGGGAAUCUGGUUCUUGCUCAAGUCCCAUUUGCGCCAUUCUGCCAAAGAGUAGGGUUGGGAUUUAGGAAAAAAGAGCAAGAGAAAAUUACCUCCCCUUAUGCUGCAUUGACCACUAAAACAGCUUCAGUCUAAGAAUUAAACUCUAGAAUUGUUCCAUAGACAUUUCAACUAAAUAAAGGCAGCAGGACCACCCACAUCCACCCUUCCUCUCUUAUCUCAGUCUUUACCACCUAAAACUCAAAGCCACAAAUUUUGGAUUUAGAGCUAAAACAGUAGAGCAAAAGCCCCAUGUGAUGAAUCCACUCUUGAGCUAUAGCAUUCUAGACUGUUGGUAGGGGAUUUGAUGUUUGAAAGUGUCCUCAUGUAAAAGCAUUCCCUGCAUAUACAAAAUAUGUCUGUCAGGAGAAUAGUUCAGGGCAGGGGUAUAAAUGGGAAUAAAUGGAAAUAAACAAAUCUUGACAUCCCUUCCUCCCAGAAUACCCACUUGAUCUUGUUUCUAAUGUCACAACCAGAAGAGGAAAAAGAAGGAAAGUUUACCAUGCCAGAGAUGCCCGCCUGAUUCAAAAGACACUUCGGUAAACUGUCUAGAUUACAUAAGAUAGUUAGCUAAUAUCAGGAUGCCAUGCAGUCAAAGUUAAACACUCUUAAAGUCCAUUGGUGUCAAUGGGAAAGUUACAUGUGCACUUAGGGCUCAUCCAGACGACUGCAAAAUGUGUGACACGCGCGCUAUGUGUGUUUAUUACUUUUCGGUCGUCCAAAUGACGUCGCGUGUUGUCACGCAUUUUCGCGGGUUAAAUCCGCUCCUUCCAAUACCGGCAAAAGUGCGAUUUGCCUUUUUAAACCGGUAAUCAUCCGCUGCAACAUUAGGGGCUCGGAUGCAAAACCGCGGUUUAUAGAGAUGUAGGCAGUCCAUAGGCAGACCUUGGGCGUGUCCCAGUACCCCUUCCGUCUUUACCAUCCAAUCAUGGAUUUUCACUUGUGCGCAUGUGCGUGAAUGUGCUUGGAAAAGCCCGGGAAACUGAACCAAUCAGAGCCACAGGAUGUUACGUUGUACUUCUCAGAUGCAGAAAUGUGCAUUUCCGCAUUUGCACAAGGAGGUACUGCAGGUUACGCAGCCACAUUGUAGGUAGGGGAGAAAGAAGUGGUGGUUGCCAGCCUUAUUCAUCUUUCCACUUCUGCACAAGCUAGCGAGGGGUGGCAGGUCGCAGUGGGCCUCCGGCCAGCUGGUCGUCAGCCGCACCUCGGGUCACUGCACUGCCCAGGCUGAUGGAAGCCAGGGGCAGUAGCUGUGACAAAAGGCUGGGGGGGCGCCAAGCAGCCCACCUGCUGAUUGCCAGCCGCCUCACAGCUGAUUGGUUUGCUGCACUGCCCUGGCAGCAAGCAGCAGUAGCCACAAGAAAGCCUCCUUUGCUUCAUGCUGGCUCCAGGGCGAAGGAGAUCGGCACAGAUCUGGCCCUGAACACUGGGCUUAAAAGCCUCUACUGGGCUUUUAAGAUCUUUUAGGGUUUUUUUUUCCUUUUCUCUCUCCUGCCCCUUCUUCCCUUUCAAAUUAUUUUGCCCCUCUUGAGGAUGAAAGAAGGAAGUUUUUUCUCUCUUUGCAGAGCUGCAGAGCUGCUGCUACUGCCUGCUUGUUAAUUUCACAUUGAAGUGGAAAGAUAAUCAUCGUUUGGCAGAGCUGCUGCUGCUGCUUGUUAAUUUUGGAGUGAGCGGAAACAUUGUAUCCAAGGAUAAUGAUCCCAUCCCUUUAUGUGCAUUCUGCAGAGGGGCUGCUGCUGCUGCUACUGCUUGUCAAUUUCACAUUGAAGUGUAAACAGUUGCAAAGUAUAACGAUCCCAUCCCUUCAUGCAAGAACUAAUGUUCUCUUUCGCUGCUUGAUGUUUAACACUUAUGGCAGCUUGAAUUCAUGAAAGGGAAAUAUAGUUAUGUACAAUGCAAUAGGAACCCAAAUAGUAGCUGGAUAUAAGCUCUUAUUUCAUGCAGGUUUUGCCUUUUUUGAAAUGUAUCUCCAGAAACGUUAACAUGCGGAAAGGUAGAAAAGCAUACAGUUGGUUUUGCAAAAUAUCGCAAAUAUAAGCUAACAGAGAUACAAAAAUACAAAUGCUCCAGAGUGGCGAGCAGCAAAGAACUCCAUUACAGCCACAGGAAAUUCAAACUUUCACGCUCGCAUUUUGUGCUUCGUUGCAAAGGGGGAGAGGAGCACAUGUCAUUUUUGUGGGCCAAUUGGCUGAUAGGGGGUGGUCUUACAGGAGGAGCUGGGGAAAAGCUAAAAGAAUAUACGGAUCUUCCUGCUGCGUGUGUGGGCACAAAAAAAACGUGGUUUUUUUUAUCGGGAAAGAGCGAAUAACAGGCAAAGUGAGGACUGUCAGAUGACAAACUGAAUAUGGAAAACGUGGAAUAUACCGCUCCGUUUGGAUGAGCCCUUUGUCUCAGGACUGAUAUGUACUUUACUUUGGCUUGAUCAUUUUCUGUGUCAGGAAUUAAACCCCCAUAGAGCUGUUCUCUUCCCUGACCCCUUCCCUGCUUCUUUUCCUUUAAUCCAAGGCAUUAGAAAAUAAAGGCUAUCCCUAUGUUUCCUUAUAACCUGAGUAAUAUAUACAGCCUUUUUUGUCUGAUUUAGAACAAAUUUCUCUUAUAUUUUGAAUUUUUUUGUGGCAAGUAACUACGUGGUCUGCAUAGUUUCUUUUAUCUGAAGAGAGACAUUUCUGUUUUCUGUAUGACAAAGGUUAUUCAAUUUAGAUUAAGUCUUUAUGCCACCAAUUCUAAGUUUCAGUAUCCAAGUAGUUGAAAUGUAUCCCCUUUCUUUGUUUUAUCUUAGGAUACAUGCACAUAUAACAUUCAGAGUGAUUUCGUUCUUUACCUCCCAGUUUUUUUAAAACCUAUUUUUAAAAGUUUUCCUAGGAGUGGUCAGAGAGAGAGUAUGUGUGUUCCUUGGUUCUAGUUGUCACAGGCACUAGCCAAUAGGUGCCACAGCAGCUAUAUAUUUAUCUGAAGUAAAUACAUGUAUAUAUGUUUCCUGCUGAGAAGAAGAUUCACUCUUUUUCACCCAGUUUAGGUUGAAACAAACUGAAAACCACUUUGAGCAGAGCCCAUGACAGGAGAGGAGGAAAAUUGUUCACUUGUCUUGUGAGCAGUGCAGACGCAUCACUAGGCGGGUGCAGGAGGUGCGGACCGCACCCGGGUGACACCAUGAGAGGGGUGACACCCAGAGCCGCCGCGGGGGCUCCCAUCUGGCUGGCGCAGAACCCAGGAGUGCAUGAAACUUGCGCAAAGGCGCCCAGAGCCCAGACCGGAGAGGAAGCGAGGGACGUGUGAAGGGGAAGCGGUCCCAGGAGGAGGAGGAGAUCUGUUGGGAGGAGGCUCCACCCCUGGAAGACGGCUGCCCACUGGCUCCUCAGCGCCCCGAUGUGGCGGGCCAAAGGCAGGCUCCGGGCAAGUGGGCGGGUGAGCCCCUCCCCGCGGUGGGCUGGGGCUGGGCGGGGCUCAGGGGAACAUCCUUGCCGGCCUGCUGCCAGCUCAGAGCUGCCGAUCAGGGCAUCCUGGUAGCCAGUCGGUGCGGCCAUCAGGCCCCGCACUGGGUGACACCAACCCUAGUGACGCCACUGGGGCAGUGAUGGCUGUAUCAAACUAUCUGAAAAUGUUACAUCUAUUCUCAGCCCACCCAAAAAGAGCAAAGGCAGAUCCUGUUUUGUUUUUUCCAUAAGAGAAGCCAUCUCCAAGUACUGGUAGGGAAUCACUGCUGGACUGACAGUGACUCCAGAAUGUCCAAUAAAUGCAUGAAACUGUGCUGCAUGUUUUCAAUCGGAUGCUGUUUCUAUGCUUGCCUUCCUAAGCUUUGCCUUUGCAUUAAAACACAUUCCAAAGUUCUACGCUUUCUUCUAUGUCCUAAAUUUGAUUUUGUAAAGACAAUCUGGUUCCAUAACUCAUGAUCCAUCACUUAAUUUAGCUAAAUGCAAAAGCUGAUGUUGUGUAAACAAAGCAUGGCAAUGGCUAAUAAGAAUGUAUUUUUCCCUCCUCUUUUUGGAUACUGUGGUUUCUAAAAGAACAUCAGCUAUCUACAAUGGCUUCUAUCUAUGCAUCAGUCCAUUGUGCCCAUGGAGAAGAGGGAUGGGAAGGAGAUUCCAUCAAAUAUAUAAUUAAAACAAGAAGUAGCAGUAGAGCUCAUCUGGAGCUUGCAUUGCUUGUAGUCAGGGUCAAGGGGAUUUUAAGUAACCCUGAUGCUCUAGCAAACAGCCCACUCUUAAGACUUUACAGCAUCAGCACAGAAGUGCAAAGGGAUGUAGAGAGAAAAAGGGAUCCACCAACGCAAUAUCACCAGACAUUCCAUCACUCUGAUGUUGCAAGUAGAAAGAUAGUCUGCCACAAAUAGUUAUCACCAAGGUAGUAGCCUCUUAUCUGAGCUUGGUUCUUUGAUUAGAAGAUCAACGAACAUGAACAAGCUGGCCAAAAGACAAUUUGUCAUUACCUCCCUUCCCUUGCAGUGCUCAGAAAAUAGUAAGGAAUAUUCUACGGUUCUCCCAUCAGUUUGUGCAGGCGCAUACAAAGGGUUAGAGUGUUUUUGCAAAGUAUCAAAGAUCAGAAUGUAUUUUUAAUUAACUAGUUUCUGUUGGACUCCAUGAGACCCCUCUCAUGUUUGUCAACAAGAGACUCUCCACCUUAUUUCUCAGUUGCAACACUUUGGCUCAUUACCUCAUUGGAGGCAUCCUUGCAUCAUUUCUCUCUCAUUUCUCUCUUUCCUGAGGCAAGAAAAGGGCUGUAAGAUGAAUGAGGACUUUGUGGCAAUUGGGCUGAAUCUAUCUGUGAUCAUUGAGAGUAUAUAAUUCAUUUUAACUCUUUGAUGUCUGCUUUCAGAUCCAAUAGGAGGGGUGUAACUGAAAAUACAUAGAAAGAGUUGUGUCACUACUUAGGCCUGGCUUGCACUCUUAAACAGUUGCAGCCACUGCUGAGGCUUCAGUCACACAUCACUCUGGGUAAUAUCAAUAUCUUCCAGCAUUAGUGUGAAUAUCAUGGUUUUCUGUUACACUGUCAGUAUGCAUCCUAACCGGGCACACCUUACCAGCAUGGCAUGUAACCACAGAAUCUGCCCUAAUCAGUUGGGUGAAAAAUAUACAUGUUACCUAGAGCUAAAGCUGGGCAACCAUUAGGGUUGGCAGGAAACACACCAUUUCAGAUAAUGUGAAAACUGGGCUCUGUAGUUUUAAUAGAAACCAGCUGUUUGUUUAGAGAUUUAAAGCAAAAGGAUGAGCCUACUAAAAUAUGUGUUUCAGCUUUGUUUGGAGAAUAAAAACUGAAGGGAGCCAGGCUAUAGAUCCAUUUGACAGAUCCACCAUAUUCCACUAUAGAUGUUUUAAACUCUCAAUGGAGAACCAAGGGUUGAAUCACUUGUCCUUAUCUGGGGCAAAUCUGUGCUACAAAUUGUAACCAGCUUCAAAUUAGGUUGACUUUCAUAGCAUCCCAUAGAGAACUCUGGGAAUUAUAGUCUUGUGAGGGUGGUAAGAAUGAUAUGCUAAUCCUAUUUCUUUCAUAGGCACAUAGUACCCAAAGUUCUUUGCUUUGGAGUCAUAAUCAGUGUUCUGAAGUGGGAUGAUUUUUUCUCAAAGUAAAGGAGGUGGCAUGGGAUGGCCUUCCACCAUCCUUCAAACAUUGAACAUGAUGGUUCAAGAGAUUUUAAACUGAUUUAAAUUUGUAGUAUAGAUAUGUCCCAAGGUUUGAGUCUCUUGACCACUGCAUGGGGCCGGCUGCUUCGAUUUUCCAUCGUGGAUUGCAGUUAUGGAUAUUCAAAACUUUCUUUUUGCAGAAACUUCUGCCUUUCCAAAUACCAACAUGAUAUAUUCUAAGCCCUUACAAGCUAGGCAAGUAUGUGAUUUUUGCAUUGAAAAGAUUUUUCCCAAAUAUUUCAUCAUUGUUGUGAAUCAGAUACACAAUUGGCUUAAUUAUACUUUGUUCCCAAUCCAAAUGUAUGCAGACUUCUACGGUUAUGCAGGAUGACAUCUUAUUGCUUGUUCAGGAAACUGAUGAGAAACAUAUGUAAUUCUUGCUUUAGGAGCAGGUAGUUGCAAAUAUUCAGAGCAUACCUAGAUUACCUUACAGAGAAGCUGUUGGUACUGUUUCUCACAAGCACAAACUGCAAAUUCAUAACCACAAUCUUUUAAAAUGUGGGCUAAGUGGCCAAACCUAUUACUUCUGAGCUUUUCUAGGAAAUAUUUUCAAAGUGGUGCACAGUAAAAAUGAUUCAAGUAAUGUAAAAAUGACAGCAGACUUCAAAUAAAAACACAGAAUCCAUAUGCAAAAUCAGACAUCAAACUGCAGAGACAGCAGAAGAUACCCCCAAACGUAAGGGCUAACUAAGAUGCAUGUUUUUGUCUCUCUGUGAAACCUCAUAUGAGAGGAAGCCAAGUGAUCAGUCCUGUAUAAGGGCAUCCCAGUGCUCUGAAGUUGCAAUUGAGAAGGUCAGUCUGGCCUCUGAAUAAAUUGGAACUUUAAAGUUGGGCCUCCCUGGCUCAUCUUAAACUUGGGGGAGAGUAUCAUAUGGGAUUAGGUACUUUGUGCUUGUGACAAAUUUUCCAAACAACAGAAGUCAUCACAUGCAUAUUGCAAUCCAAUCUGGGGUGGAGGUGGAGGAAUAACAUCUAUACAGAGAGUUGGUCACAUCCAUUGACCUUAAGCUAGUUGAAUAAACUCUGUUAAUGCUGGAUGGAAGUCUUUUGGAAAGUUCCUAACAGUGUCAUCACGACAUAGCAUAGUCUCACAAUCCAUGAUAUUGUGCAGUCUGACAUUAGUGUUGCUGGCAAAUAACAUGAAUGUUGAUUUGGACUGGAGCUUAAGGGAUCAUUCAGUUAGUACUUCUAUGAAUGUACUUUAAUAAAUUAAGUUAACAAGAUCCUUGGAGGAAGAGGUCAGUCAGUCAGUCCUUUAAAGAGAGUGACAAGAUUAGUUUACAACACUUCUUCUUUCAGUGCCCUCCCCUACAGCUCUUACAAGAUACAAUCCUAACCCCAGUUACCUGGGAGUAAGCCUCAUUGAGUUCAUUAGGACUGCAGACAGGGUUAGGACUUCAGCCUUAGUUAAGAGAGCCUUCUGAAAGGAUUCAGUUUUGAGGGGCAUUAAUGGUACAAUCCAGCCAAAGCAAAGCAUAUUCAAAUCCUGCUGAUUUCAAUUGGGAACGUUUACAAAUCUACUUAGAUUCCCCAUUCAUAUUAAUGGUAUUUGAAAGUGCUUUGCUCUGGAUGUAUCAAGCUAAAUAAUCAGGUUUUUGGUCACAGUCCCAACACAGCAUGACGUAUGCAUGUGCACUAAUUUAAGUGAACUUGCAGCAGAAUCCUAUGCAUGUUUACACGGAACUAAAUCCCGUUAAAUUCAAUGGAAUUCAGUCCCACGUUAGCGUGCAUAGGAUUGCAGCCUUGAAGCAUGCUGGACUCUGUUGCAUCUUAGUCAUUUUGUCCUGAUCCAGCAAGAGAGGUCCACUUGUGGGAGCUGCCUUCUGCACAUGUCGCUGAUAAGAAGAUGUGCAUCCCCAUUGCAAUGCACAUCCAAGUCCCACCCAAAUGGCUGGGUGCUUCUUUUGGAGCUCACAAGAAUGCACACCCCCUCUAUAGACACCCAUUGUUGUGUGGCCGGAGUGGGGCUGGGGUUAUUGUUUCAGAUUGGGAAUCAGCAUUUCAUGCACAGUAUUUAUCCAUUUGGGAUUUUUAAAAGCCAAGUUUACUCAGAGAAAAAAACCUGGAAUGAUUCCUAAAAUAGCACUUACUGCAAAACAUCUCUGUUUUAUUUUUAUUUUUAAAAAAGAUGCAAGCAUGUUUUAUAAAAUAUUUUUUAAUAAAAGCUUACAAAUUUAAUCCAGGAAUGUCAGUGUGCCUAAUAUUAUAAGUCUUGUGAUUGGUUCGACUUCAUAACACCAUCCUUGUCCCAGCAGAAGGGAAAAUGUGUAUUUACUCAAUGCAUGUAAGAAGACAUUGCAAAAUGUUUAACCUGCGUAAGGAGUUUGCGACUCUGCAAAUUGUUAAUGGGGCUAAUGUUCUCUGCCUUGACAAUCAUGUAAACAUAUCAAGAUUUCUAUCAUAAUGAUAAUUUAAGGGAUACUGAGAAUUGUUUCCUCCAAUAAAUCCAAUUUAAACCACCUUAA